GCCUCAACUUCAACAUGAAGUCGGGCGAACGCGUCGGCAUUGUCGGACGUACCGGUAGCGGAAAGAGUUCUCUGACACUCUCGCUACCACGGUGCAUCUUUACCGAGGGGAGUGUGCGUUACGACGGCGUCGAGACUGCCAAUCUGAACCUCGACGAGCUGCGCGCGAAGAUCACGAUCAUCCCGCAGGUGCCACAGCUCUCGAGCGGCACGUUACGCGAGAACCUGGAUCCAUUCAGCGAAUACGACAAUGCGGUGCUCAACUCCGCGUUGCGCGCGUCUGGCUUGCUCUCGCUGCAGAGCGAGGACGACGGCAAUUGCAUCACGCUGGACUCGCAGGUUGCGAGCGGGGAGGGAACUUAA